ACCUUUACGCAGCGGUGCCCAAGAAGGAGGAGGAGGAGGAAGAGGAGGAGCGGGGUCUCCUAACCUGCCCAUCUUCCUCCUCCCUCCGACAGACACCGCCACCGGCCUAUCCGACCACGGCCGGACCCCGUCAGUCCCUGCCCACCCCGGCGGUCCCCUCUCCAGCCAAUCCGCGGCUGGGCGUAAGUAGGGCAAGCCGCUUCCUGGUUCUCAGAAAGAAGAAGAAGCUGGGAGCCGGAGUGGGCGAGAGGAGGCGACACGCGGGGGGUCAGAGGAGCCCCACGGAGCCGGCGGUGCGCAGGGAGGACAGACGGACGAGAUGAUUCUAGUGACUGAUUCAGAGGAACUCCCGAGAGUUGAAGUGGAGCGUCCGUCCUCCACGACACAAGCGCAAAACCAGAGAAAGGGUUAAAUAAAGCGAGUUUUUAAAGUAGGAGAAGUGUGCAGGGUGGGACGGAGAGAUCCAGGAAGUGUGGAGGUUGUUCAGGUGGGAGGCGACGCGUCGGGGACAGGUGACACACCGGCACUCAGGGACAUCACGGGAGGCUGGGACAUCACCGAAGAGGCUACAGUCCUGGGGAAGCUUGUCACCGAGAGGCGGAUCUGAAACACCAACUGGGAGGAGAGACGACAGACACAGACAGCAGGCACACAUCUUCUUCUGGGUUUAUGGACUGGAGGUAGCAAUGUCUCCAGGAGAGGACGGUCUGAUAGGGAUUCCCUUCCCGGAGCACAGCAAUGAGCUCUUGUCCCACCUCAAUGACCAGAGACGGACAGGAAUCCUGUGUGAUCUCACCCUCACCUCUCGCGGAGCUCGGUACCCAACUCACCGCUCCGUCAUGGCUGCUGUCAGUUUGUACUUUCGCGGGUUGUUUGGAGCUGAGGAAGCGAGUGGUGAGGUAGGAGGGGGCUUCAGUGUUUGCCAGCUGGACUGCGUGGCACCUGAUGCCCUGGACGCCCUCUUGGAGUUUGCCUACACAGCUACUCUUACAAUCCCCAGCUCUGGGAUGAGGGAUGUUCUCCGGGGUGCCCAGCUUUUGGGCAUCCAAUGUGUGGCUGACGCCUGCAGAGACAUCCUCGGGGAGACGGCGGAGGUGGAGGGGGAGAAAGCGGAGGAGCAGCGGAUCCAGGACCAAGCUACUGGGACAAUUACGAAGGAAGUGAUUGGCAUUAAAAAAGCGUCUAGAAGAAAAACUGACAAAAGGAUGGUUAAGAAGAUUGGGUCAAACCAUAUCAACGCCUCACCUAUAAGGUCACUGGCUGCCUCUCCCGCCUCCCACCCUUCACCCGGAUCUGACAACUUCCGCUCCCUACCUUCCACCCAGCCUCCCAGCCCUGAACAAGAGGAUCUUCACUGCAAACCAAGGCAGAACGGGGAUCCCAGGGCAAUUGGAGGUUUGGGUAGGGGGGCCACAGCCAAUGGCAGUCUCCUCCAUUGGCAACAGGAGCGCUCCCCUUUAGCACACGCACCACCUGUCCAGUCUCAGAGCGAUAAGCUGUCUGAAGACGACGAGAUGGGAGGUUUAGGGGAUGAUGUCUUGCGAAUGGGAGGCAAUGCUAUGACGACCUCAUUAGCUGAUUCAGGUGCAGCCUCUUCAAUUGCAGGCAUGGGAAGGAAAAGGAAGUCUCAGACCCCUCAGCAGUGUCCAGUCUGCCAGAAAAUCAUCCAUGGGGCGGGAAAACUGCCCCGGCACAUGAGGACGCACACUGGAGAGAAACCCUUCCAGUGCUCCACCUGCGGCGUUCGUUUCACUCGCAAUGAUAAGUUAAAGAUCCACAUGAGGAAGCACACAGGUGAACGCCCUUACCCUUGUCCACACUGCCCUGCGCGGUUCCUUCAUUCAUACGACCUCAAGAACCACCUGUCCCUGCACAGUGGGGCGCGGCCCUUCGAGUGCCCGCUGUGCCAUAAGGCCUUUGCCCGAGAAGACCACCUCCAGCGUCAUCGCAAAGGCCAAAGCUGCCUGGAGCUGCGCACACGGCGGCCCAGGCGUGGGCCAGAGCAGGUUGAAGACGAAAGAGUGGAUGACGGCAGGAGGGAGCAGUCCAGCCCUCUGUCUUUCCAGGCCCCCUCCUCUGUUUUACACCCCCAUGCAGCUCUGGAAGGCUUAGGUGGCCCUGCCGGUGGUCCUCCAUUGAUAUUUGCAAGUGACAGGGAGCGUUCUAUGGCCUUUCAGGCUCUGGCCCAAUUUGGACAUCAAAGCUUAGCCAGGUAUCCUGAGCUUUUCUUGCGAGGGCUGGAAAUGCAUGAAAGAGGAGUGAUGGAGGGAGACGAUCCAGGAAGGACACUCAUGCCGGCUCUACAGCGCGACAGAUGGGCAGAUGAAGGGGAUGAGGAAAAUGGAGAGGAGGAGCCAGAAGAAGAGGACUAGUUGUAAAGAAACUGUUCUUGUGGUGAAGCAUCCACAGUAAAAGAUUAUCAAAAAAAAUUAAAUACAUAAAUUAUCUCAGGUGGCUGGAUAAAGGACCCGCUGCUUCAAUGCAGAGAGCACUUAAGAAAGAAACAUAUAUGCAUUUAAAAAAAAAGGAAAACGGGUUUUCUGAUCUUUAUUUUAUUUUUGUGUUCUGGUUGUUGGCAAUUUGUGUUAUGUACCUUUAUUAUUCAGUUUUUUGUUUGCAGUUUAAUCUAAGUCAUCUUAGUCUGAUCUUAAAUGAUUCAAAAACUUGACUCUCAUGCUGGUGUGUUGAAUUUGGAGGUUGUAUCACCGGUAUGCUUCUUACUAUGCAAACUAAAGUAUAGGUCUGCUGAGGGAACAAACUUUUAUUUAUAUAUAAAAUAUAUAUAUAUAAAUUUCAAUUUCAAACCUAGUUGGAUUGCAAAAGUAAGGUUGACCUCUGGUGGUUGUUAAUGGAAAUGCGUCUUCAUAAAUCAAAACUUGUUUGCAGUAAUAGAUGGGAACACAUUUGCUUUAAAUUUGGUGCUUGAACCAAAGACCUGCAUUUUUUUUAAAUAUUUUUUUGACAGAAGAGAUGUGAAUUGUAGCCAAUGUUGGGUUUGAACGUUAGAUUCCUCCCAACGAAGUCGACAGCCAUGAAAAAAGACUUCCAUGUCUGAGGGUCUCAGAUCCGCAGUAGCCUCUGUUGAAUGCCUGACCAAAAGAGACAAAGUCUGGGUCGAUUGAUUGAUCUAAUCUAUUUUUUUUAAAUAUAUUUUUCGGUACAUUUAAGUCUUGCGCACUCAUUUGGGUUCUUUGUUUGAAAAACAAAAAGGCAAGAGAAGGGCAAGUUGAGAGGAUUUCUUCCUAAUGUACCCCCCCCCUCUCUGUAUUUAUUUAUUUAUUUAUUUAUAUUAUGGCUCUUCUGCUUUUGUAAGACCAAGUCCAGGAUCGAAGAUAGUUAUCUAUCCACUCCUCAUUCCAAACUUUAAAAAAAAGAGCUUUUCGCUGAACUUUUAUACGCCUAAAUGCCUUUACAUAGUCUUGAAUUCUCAUCUUUAACAAUUCUUCCACAAUUUUUUUUCUUUGCACAAUGACGCCACAGGGCUCUUAAGCAACACGGGCACAUUUUGUACUGGGGGGGAGUUAGCAGAAAGAGAACACUGCAACAAACUGGGUGGGUUAAAAGCUGCAAUGUCACUGGAACACCAAAGCUACUUUUAAACCUGCUUUUGUUUUUCUGCUUUCACACCUCAAAGAACGCCGUUCUUACUGAUCAGCCACUACUGUGACUAAAGGGGCCAUUAUCUUUUGGGUUGAUCUGAGGAGAGGAAAAACUGUUUUUCUAUGUUUUUCAUGGCGUUGUAGCAGGGUAACCACAAAUGACAGCAAUAAAAUUCUAAUUUCCAUUCUUUUCAAUGUAUCAAAAAUGCUGGUCUGGCCUUGAGAGAUUUGUUCUCUUUUUUUCUAAUUAACUUUUUUCUUAAUUUCAUUUAUUUGCACUCUAAGACUUGAGAGCUUUAAGCUUUUUCUCAACCUGACAUUAACCCAUAAUGUCAGGGUAUUCCUUAACUAUUCCAAUUUGUGAUUCCAAAUAGUACAACCAACAUAUACUUUUCUUUUUUGCAUAUAAAUACAGAGUUAUAGUCAAACAUGACAUAAUAUAUAUUGGGUUUGAAGUUGCCUUAGUUUUUUUUGCGCAGUAUAUCUUCUCAGGAACUCUUAAGCAAUGCACUAAGUGAUUAUACAUACAACAUAAAAUGAUAAAAGUGGUGCUGCACAGUGAUCGACACUCUUCAUGCAAAUGGCAGUAAAGCUAUAAGAUUUCAUAGAUUUUCUGCUUUCAAAAAACAACUUAGUUCCAUGAAAUAAAAGUGAGCUAUUGGUUUUUGCUGAAACCUGUCUAACUGGAAAAGCAGUGUGACAGUUGGUCCUGUGCAUGAAGGGUGUUGGUGCUUCCAAUCACAGCUUUGCGAAUGAAUGACAGUUAACCGCCAGCUGUGAAAUGUGCAUUACAAUGUGAGCUGCUUUUUUUCCUUGGCUUUGGUGAAGGGACGAAGGGGGACGGUCUAAGAGGUGCCCCCCGUUUAUCAGGGAUAACAUCAUUUGUCUUUCCAUUUGUAGAGGACCUUGUUUUUUUAGAAAUAUGGAUUCAUUUUCCCAGUUUGUUUCAGUUGAUGUAAUGACAAAUAAAGAAAUCUAAUCCUGCA